CAAAUGCCAACUGAACCGAUCUUUACUUGCUUUGAAAGAUCACCAGUAAAUAAGACAAUUUCCAGCCACGCAUAGCUGUUUAACCGAUUACCAUGAGCUCGCACAAACGACAGCGAGACCACGAUCAGGAUAGAGACAUUGAAAAAGGACGACAUGGUCGAGACAAGCAGCGAAAGCAUCGCAAGUCAAAGCGUGAAGGUGAUGAUGUCGAGUCGGAAGUGGAUGACGAGGCAGCUACAGCGCGGAGAUACGGCAGACCUGCGAUCAACGAGGAUGACUACUUUGUGAAAUCGACAGAGUUCCAGCUUUGGCUUCGUCAGGAGAAGAAGUUAUUUUUCAAUGAUUUGAGUGGUGCAGAGACUCGCACAUAUUUUGACAAGUUUGUGAAGCGAUGGAAUAGAGGCAAGCUGCAAAAACGAUACUACGAAGGAAUCUCUACAUCCGAAGUCCCCGCGGCAGAGCGAAGUCGUCACAAAUGGAAUUUCAAAAAUCUGAACGAGGACGCCCUUGCCAAUGCGAGGGACUCUGUAGAUUCCCUUACACAGUCUUCCAAGCAAUUAAACCGCCCGCUUGAUGUCUUGGAACAAAAAAGUAGAGCUGCUGCCGAGGCACGAUCAAAAUCGCGUUUGGAACGCGACGAUGAUCUCGAUAAGGCAGAACAGGAGCGCAUUGCACGGAAAAGAGAGCAACGCAAUAUGCGGAAAGAUCAAGAAAUGGUACUGGAGGAGCUUGCACCCAAAGCUACAGGGCGAGACGCACUCAUUGAAAAGCGACGGGCGCAAAAUGCCUAUCAUAAACAAGAACGCGAUGUGGAUGUGGAACUGAAUGAUCGCGAUCUAAUGGGUGGUGAUUCAUUAGCUUCAUAUAAGCGCGCCCAUGAACGCCGGGAGGAGCGAAAAAAGGAACGGCGGGAUGAGAGGUCCACCGAAAUGGCUGGAAAGGUGGCAGCGUACCGAGCAAAAGAGGAUGCCACUUUGGCCAUGUUUAAACAAUUGGCUCAAAAUCGGUUUGGGUCUGGUGGUGGGUGAGGAUAUUUUUUUGCAUUUUGCAUUGUAAAUAUACACACUGGCGUACGAUCGGAAUCAUGGUAGGGGAUGCAUGCGAUGCAUUUUGACUGCACAUCUCCUAUCUUUAUGUCAGAAUUGAGCAUAAUCAUUUUAG